AAGUCAGUCCAACUUUGCUUUCAGGAGGAGACAGACGCACACGGUCUCAGUUUUUCAUCCUCUCAUUCUGCCUGCUGCUGCUGCCUAAAGCACUUUUCUGCUUUCGGUCGAGAGCUUCUCCGGUUGACUUGCAGAUACCUUUGCCAACAUGGCUUGGGUUCAUUCCUCAGAGGACCUGCUUCGAGUGUAGACGUGCAUGUCAACUUUUUCAAGCGCAAAGCGAAUUUUUCCACCACAAGCGAAACCUUUCUUUUCUUAUUGAAGGAAAGUAAACACGGUUCGAGUUCAAGUUUGAAAUUUUCAAGAGUGAAAGUCAUUUCUCUGCACAUACACAGUGACGAAGGGGUUGAGUUGUUUGAUAGGUUUGGGGCAUCAAAGGUAGCCCGAGAAAUAAAAGAAAGGAGUAUAAAAGACAAACAGGAGGAGAGGAAGUGGGCCUCUGAAUCUAAAUCUUGGUUUCAAAGGGAAAAAUUGAGGCUGACAGUGAAUUUUAAAAUUGAGAUCAACUUGAGAUUUUUUUACCAUUUAAGACUGUGUUCUCUCCUACGGACCUUAGCUCUCGUUGUGACCGUCUGUAACAAAGCCAUAGCCAUCAUCACAUCUCAAUUGAGGGAAAGUUCUUCUUGAAAUCGAGGUUCUUCAACCAACCUUCAGCGUUUAUUUACAUUUUGCAAAUUGUGUAAAGUGUCCCACCUCUCUCGCCAAGGGUGAGUAGGAAAAAGAAAAGGGAAAUACAUCGGUUUUCUCGUAAGUCCAGCACUACCUCCUUCUUCGUCUUCUCCUCUGGUGAAAGUUGGCACAGACGAGACAAAGUUGGCAAAAGCUCAGCAGUUGCUUAAGUGAGGCUAAAAAGCAAAGUUUGGCCGUAAAAAACGACCUGCUACCCUCCCGGCAUUGCAUUCGUUCAAGUGCAGUUGGACAAAACUCUUUUCUCAUCCGAAAGAGAAGACAUUGAAUGUUACAAGUUUGGCAAUGAGAGCGUAGCCACCCAGCUGUAGCUGAACAGCAGCAUCGAGAUCGGCACAAGGAAGAGGAAGAAGAAAGCAAGCAGUUACAACGGGAUUGGGAAUCUGACAUUUUAAAAGGACUUUGAGUUCACAACGGUUCUUCAUUCCAGUAAAGUAAAAGUUAUUGAAAUUGUGACAUGAAUUAUUGAGUAAUCACUUACAAAUCGAAGGAACAUAUGUACCCAUAAAAUCCGGGUGGUAGUUGAACUAACUGAGAUAACAAAAGUUGAGAAACGGCUCCUGCUAACUAACAAAUAGUCGGACCUAUAGAACUGACUGCAUCAGUUGGGUGUUAAAGUCAACAAAGUUGAGAAAUCCACUCAUUGGGUUGUGUGACUUGAUCAUUGGUCCCGUAAUUGCAGUGCAUUUACGAAAGGCUACAUACCUUGCAGCUGAAUUCGACCUAUACUAACCAACAACAGAGUUUGCACAUCUGCCACACAUGGAUUAAGCACUGCCCGUUUUCCUAGCCUUGUUCGAGGAGAUUAAUCCGCAGUACGAAUAAAUCUACUACAUCCAGUACAGAUUCAGACGAUUAACGCUAUAGCAGAUGUUGGAGUGAACCUGUGGAGCAGAUAUAACUCGGAGAUCCGUGACAAAAAAGGCGGACAACGAGUGAACCAUUGCUCACGAUCUGAGUUGCUGUCCUUACAAUUUUGGGUCCAAAGUGGAUUAGUCUCUCUGAAUGGACUGAAUUGUAUGGACACCGUGAAAUAAUAUAACACCAUCAAUUGGCUCCUUUGUUCAGUCUUCCCAUAUAAAAAUACCGAGUGGGGUAGUGGGAAAAGGGCGACGCCCGAUUCUCAUUCCAAUAUCACCCAACUUACUUGGGUGUAAGAGAUAAAAUAAAUCAGAUUGGACAGCAGGUGUGUGAGCAAAGUGAAUCAAGGAGAGAAAAUACUCGAGAAGAAGACUAAAAGUCUGGAGAGAAAACAUCAAUGAGAUGAGAUGAGAGGGGAGCAGAAGAGAACUUGGAUUAUUCGAUCGACCAAGUGAAAAGCCAAAAUUGAAGAAAGUAUACCUACUCAUAGCGAAGGAGCUAAAUAGUCUCAUCGCAGCGUUACACAGCGAACGAACUGCGACUAUCAUCACCACCCAAGAAGGACACCAGAAUGAGGAUCGUCUUGAAAAUGAGGCUAAUUCAUCUCGUCGUAUUUUUAUGCUUCUCGGGAGUUCUUGAAAGUGUUGCAGCCGUCUGUCCAACGGGAUGCACAUGUGACGACGAGAACUUGCAUGUGAACUGCGUCGAGGCCAACCUGGACAUUGUUCCAAUUACGCUAAAUCCCAGUGUACAGCGAUUGAUUUUGAAAAAUAACAAAAUUCGAAGCAUCGACCAAGGGACUCUCACUUUCUACCACGAGCUGAUCCAUGUUGACCUGAGUCAUAAUCAUUUGAUCCGGAUCCAAACGGGGAGCUUUGCUUCUCAAACCAAGUUGGUGCAAUUGCAUCUGAACGCAAACAAAAUUUCUCACCUGAGCAAUAGAACGUUUGGUGGACCUCAAAGUGUCAUGAAUUCGUUGGCCGUGCUCAACCUCCAAAAUAAUUUACUGGAGAGAAUCGAGUCCUCAAUGUUCAUGUAUGUUCCAAACUUGGAAGAACUAGACCUAAGCCAAAACUCGUUGCGAGAGCUAAAUACAAGUGCUUUCUUGGGACUUGCUGGCCUCCGGAUUUUAAAAAUAGACAAUAACGAGCUAAACCAAAUCCCAGAAGUAUUUUCCAACAGGGCAUUCAUUCCUUCUUCGUCCUCCUCCAAUAAUGGUAAUCAACUGAGUCCAAAGAACAAUUUGGUACCCCAUUUGGCAGACUUGUCCUUGGGAUACAAUCCAAUUGAGAAAAUUGUGAAUGAUGCGUUCUCAGCGGCCAGAAAUCUUGUUUCACUUGACCUGCGAGGAUGCCGUAUAUCCUCCAUUGACAUUCAUGCCUUUAGAGGGCUGGGAGUGCUCAGGAAACUGAUUCUAACUGACAAUAACAUGAUGACCGUUCCAACAACCAGCUUUCCCCCGUUGAUGCAGCUGGAAACACUCAAAUUAGGAAGAAAUCCCUUUGAUCGAAUCUCCAGAAAUGCUUUUGUAGGGUUAAAGAAGAUGAAGAAUCUGGAGAUCGCAGGCGCACCUGAGCUUUCUCUUGUCGAAGAAGCAUUUUCAAACAACUUGGAUUUGGAGAAUGUGGAGCUUUCCAACUGUAAGAAAUUAGCCACCCUUCCUCCUAAAUUGUUCAAGGGGCUCAGUGGGUUGAAGAAUCUCAACUUGAAGGAUAAUGCACUGCAAGAUGUUCCAGAGGACAUCGUAUCUUGGCAAAGUCUUAAAUCUCUUCACCUGGAAGGAAACCCCUUUUUGUGUGUUUGUGAACUAUUCUGGCUUCGAGACUUGCUUUCGGAUGAGAAAUUCAAAAACUCGUCAUCGUUCGUCCUGUGUGCGGAGCCUGGUAACCUCCGAGAUAAGAAGCUGACAUCCCUUUCAUCACAAGAUCUAAACUGUUAUCUUCAGAGUCCUAUUCAAAAGACGAUAUUGGGGGUUGCCAUUACUGUGACGAUCAUCAUCUUGGUGAUCAUAUUUUUCCUGCUGUACCGCUACCACGAGAACAUCAAGGGAACCUGCAAACGUGGCUUCCGUCGACCCUCUCGAAGAAAGCGGAGCUCCGUCAUUUCUUCCUGUGGAAAAGAACUGGAUACUGCUACAAAAACGUCCUUUCUCAGCAAUCAAAGCCCAUACCCUUUCUCGGACGACGACUUCACAGUACGGGCAUCCCUAAUGUCGAGUGGAAGUCCUGGUCCUGGGGCAAAUGGGGGAAACAAUUAUAACAUGCACUCCAGCCACACACUAAACCCAGUGACAAUGAACAGCCUAAAUUACCCGUAUAACUCUAAUAGUUUUAAUAGCCAUAGUCUUCACCACCCAUCUCAUCACUACAAGAGCAGUCCCAACAACUACGCCUCGCCUAAUUACUCGAAUGAAUACGACGCCCCCAUAAAUUCGAUCAACUAUCCACAUCUUCAUAAUCACAGUCAGCAAAUUGACCAUAAUUUGCCAAUUCAUUACGCCCUCCACCAACACCAGCCUGUAAAACCCAUUCCAAUUACUGAAUUGUAGCAAUUAAGGUACUAGCUCUUUUUGCCUCUUUGUUAUAUGCUAUUCCACUAUUUCAAACUUGUAAGUAACCAAUUUACAUAUUAUGUACGUACAUUAGUAUAGAGAACUGAGAAUAGACUUAUAUUUUAGCAAGUAGUGUGAUACGAACAUAUUAUCCUCGGCAUAAUAUGACAGCUAUUAUUAUAUAGCACGUGUACUUUUAGUGUUUUGUAACAGUUGCUCGUUAAUAAUAAGAACCUGUACAUAUGUACAGUACAAUUAAUUUGACUCACAUAUUUUUCUAGUUUUUGUCAUAUACGCGUAUGUGUAGAAAUAAAUGUGCUCGUUGACUUGCAAAAUGUUCUCUUUUUCGGGAACGAGAAAACUUGAUGAUCAAUCUUAGGAUAAAAUAUAUUAUGCGCAUUCGCAAUCUAUUGUAUACCUUUUCCCAUAAUAUGUGUAUCACAAAGUAAGAGUUUUAUGUGGACAUUUAUGACCUAGCUCCUAGAAUAUCGGUAUGAUAUGCAAUGGAAUAACUUGCACAUUAAAUAAGUAAGUUACUGUUCUUGUGAUAUAUAGCAAAGUCGCAAAUGUACUAAAUUGCGGCUGAAGUAAAUACAAAAGACGACUUUGGAAUCCUAAACUUACCCUCAAUAAACAAAGCAAUAUAUUCGCCCUUAACUUUGUCCUACUUUAAGAAUAUUGUUGUUAUCUGUAAUUUGUGUCACAAGUCUUGUUAAAGUUAUACAACUUUCACUCGUAUUUUCACCAAUAAGUAAAAAGAAUGUCACACAAAAUCUUGUUUAACUCACUAUGAUGAGAUAUGUAUGAAACGUUUCAGACAGAUUUCUAGUCAACUUGUCAAAUGUAAUAUUCCCAUUUUUUAGUUGUUUGUUGGACUAUUCGUAAUUGAUAGGUAUUUAAAAAAUAAAUAAAAUCGGGAAAUUGAUAGAAAUGUACCUUUCCAUCAUCCAUCAUUGGUUUGUUUAUAUUUAUUUUCCUGAAAAAUAAAUUCAUGUCGAAUUGAAGUUUUCCGAUUACUGUUCUCCUUCGUUAUUAUAUUACUAAUAUUCUGAGCAAUGGAGAAAAUGGACAAGGAAAAAUUAUUACGUGUAACACAUGCUCUAUUGGUAAUAUUUUGAAAAUGAAAAUUCAUACUUAUAUCUUGCGUAGCUGUAAUCCUUGAAAUACUUAGAAUUAAAUAAAACGAUGUCAUUUGACGCUACACUGAAGAUGAAAUUUGUAAUAAAAAUGAGUCAGUGAAAACCA